AUGCCUAAGGUUACCAAGCUUACCAUCAAACCCUUCAAGACUACUGGUGUACAGUCUGAGAAGGAGAAGAAAACCGCUGAAGAACCCGUUGACACGGCUGUUGAGAAGGAGAAGCAGAAAAAGAAAACCAAGGAGAGAACCAUUGAAAAGCCUGUUGAAGCUGAUCCAAAGGAUACCGGGACCGCUGCUGCAACUCCCCAUCAUGAGAAGAGAAAAGAACCUGAGGUUGAGAAACCAACUGAACCCGCACCAGCUAAUGCCCCCGUUCAGACUGCUCAAGUGACAUCUACUACUGGGGGGUCCAGUUCUGCUCCUCACAAGGAUAAAACUGCUGCUGCUGGUGGCGCGAGUUCUGGUGGCGCUAGAGGGUUUAUACCGCGAUCUCCCAUCGGUCCCAAAGAUACUGCUUAUGUUGUUGGGGAGGCCAACACUCGCGCUGCCAAUCACCAGAUCGUGCGGGAAUGGCGCACGAUGGUCAAGGAGCGGGCGGACUGGGAGAAGUAUCGAGAGCGCCUUGUGAGGCAAGCUAAGGAGUUCGAGAAAGCUAAUGCUGCCUUUGCUGAGGAAAAGGCUAAGUUCGAGACUGAUAAGAAAUCAAAAGAGUAG